AUGCCACUUCACCAUCACCAUCACCAUAAUCAUCGACACAAUUUGUCGUUGAAGAAAAUUCGUAAGUUUUAUUUUCGGUAGCUUUCUAUUAGAAGCCUAGAUAAGGAGCCUAGUAUUUUACUUUUGGGGUUUCUCUAGAGCUAUGCCGAACGCUGAGAAUUUUUCCAGGCAAGAUUUUCGACCGCUUCUCAAGCCACGGUCACAAAUUGAGCCUCGUCGAAGCUCGUUUGGCUCUUCUUGAGAUUGGUCACCAAGUUCACCAUCUUCAAUAUAUUCACCACAACUCACACCUUCCUCAUCACCCACACCACCACGAACAUGGAUACGUUGAUUUCCCAGGUUAGAUUCGAAGUAGAACUCUUCGAAUUACAACGUUUUUUCAGGGUUCCUUCAAUUUGUUGCUCCAUCUGCUGGUCAUAACCAUAGUCAUAAUGGGCACCACCAUUCUUCACACCAACCGCAAGAAGUUGUUCACCACCACUAUCAUCAUCAUUUGAGCCGAUCGAGAAGUGAUUCAAGUUCGAGCAGCUCCUCGAGCUCUUCAUCAAGCUCUAGCAGCUCUUCGAGCUCAAGCUCUUCAAGCUCAAGCUCGAGCAGCUCAUCCAGCUCUUCGGAAGAUGAGAAACAUCACAAGAAGCAUCAUAAAAAACAUGCCAAGCGCUCAGCUUCAUCUUCAAGCUCGUCGAGCAGCUCAAGCUCAAGCUCGUCUUCAAGCUCUAGCUCUUCGUCAAGCUCAAGCUCAAGCUCCAGCUCAUCGUCAUCAUCUUCUGAAGAUGAGAAACAUCACAAGAAACACCACAAGAAGCAUGCCAAGAGAUCUGCUAGCUCUUCAUCGAGCAGUAGCUCGAGCUCAUCUUCCUCGAGCUCAUCAUCAAGCUCGAGCAGCUCUAGCUCAAGCUCUUCAUCUUCUUCAUCUGAAGAAGAGAAGCAUCACAAGAAGCACCACAAGAAGCAUGGAAAGAAACAUGCCAAGAAACAUUACAAGGCGGCUUCAUCGAGUAGCUCGAGCUCGUCGAGUUCCUCAAGCUCAUCCAGCUCGUCUAGCAGCAGCUCUUCUGACUCGGAGCCAGAGCACAAGGAACAUCAUCACGCGCCACACCACCAUACUCACGGAGAGUCCCACCAUACUCACGGAGAGAAUCACCACGCGCCACACAACGAGUCCCAUAAUCACUCUCAUCAUACUCACGGAGACGCGCCACACCACGAGUCCCACAAUCACUCCCACCAUACUCACGGAGAGAAUCACCACGCGCCACACCACGAGUCCCACAAUCACUCUCACCAUACUCACGGAGAGACCCACCAUACUCACGGAGACGCGCCACACCACGUGUCCCACAAUCAUUCUCACCAUACUCACGGAGAUAAUCACCACGCGCCACACCAUGAGUCGCACAAUCAUUCUCACCAUACUCACGGAGAGACCCACCAUACUCACGGAGACGCGCCACACCACGUGUCCCACAAUCAUUCUCACCAUACUCACGGAGAUAAUCACCACGCGCCACACCAUGAGUCGCACAAUCAUUCUCACCAUACUCACGGAGAGACCCACCAUACUCACGGAGACGCGCCACACCACGUGUCCCACAAUCAUUCUCACCAUACUCACGGAGAUAAUCACCACGCGCCACACCAUGAGUCGCACAAUCAUUCUCACCAUACUCACGGAGACGCGCCACACCACGAGUCCCACAAUCACUCUCACAAUACUCACGGAGAGUCCCACAAUCAUUCUCACCAUACUCACGGAGACGCGCCACACCACGAGUCGCACAAUCAUUCUCACCAUACUCACGGAGAUAAUCACCACGCGCCACACGAGUUGCACAAUCACUCUCACAAUACUCACGGAGAGUCGCACAAUCACUCUCACAAUACUCACGGAGACGCGCCACACGAGUCGCACAAUCACUCCCACAAUACUCACGGAGAGAAUCACCACAAUUCGCACCACGAGGCCGAAAAGUCGCACAAGAAGAAAAGCCACAAGAAGCACUCGUCGAAGAAAUCCAAAAAACAUUCCCAUCAUUUUUAAUCACAUUCUAGUUGAUUUUCUAAAUUUGUAUGCUAACUAUAUAAACUUGUAUAUCUGAUGUGAAUUUUUUUUUAGUUUGAUAUGAUAAAUAAAGGUAAUUUUUGCAUGAAUGAGUUGAGCUUAUGAAAAAAUCUAACUUUUCUCUUUUCUUGAUCAAAUAUCUAAAAUUGAAUAAGAAAAAUAAUAACAACUUUCAGAUAAGUAAUAUUCUGUUUUAUCCUAUUCUUAUGGAAAAAUACGUCAAGAUCAAUAAUACCAGUCUUUGUCCUAAAACUACAUAUUUUGAAUCCAAAGACUUUCUAAUAAAUAGUUUACAUAUCAUCUCAAUUUUCACAUUUUCUACCUCGUUUUAUGGAGCAUUUUUGAUAGUUCGCGUAACUCCUCAGAAAAUGAAGAACACCAAAAAAGUUCUAUUACAUCUUCAUUUUUGUACAUUUUUGUUAGAUCUAAUCAUUGAUUUUCUAAUGACUCCUUAUAUUCUCAGGCAAAUCGUCCCACCGGUGUAACACCAAAUCUCCACUCACUCAACACCUUCUCUUCAUUAAUCCCACCGGUGGGCCCACCGGUGGGAAACCGGUGGUCACAAAUUUGAUAAUAGCACCGGUGUACCACCACCUUAACACUCGCUUAACACCGUUUGAACACCGUCUGAACACCAAAAAGAGGUGUUCCACCGGUGUUUUUGUUUAUUUUUCCCACCGGUUUCCCACCGGUGGGCCCACCGGUGGGACGAUUUGCCUGAGUUUAUCUACCAACUUCUGCUGUUACACUUUAUGGAAUCCUCUAUGACUUUUUUGAUCUACCUUUCAAACCUCUUUGUUAUUUUGGACAGUUUUCACUUUACUGUGAGUUCGAAUACUAAAACUCCAGAACUUUCUAGAUAUUUCUUCAGUAAUGGCAAUGUCAAUGGUCAGAUUAUAUCAAACUCGACACAGUAUGGUAGCUACAAUCAAAUAUAAAAUGACUAGAAAACUAACUUUAUUCAUUUAUUAUUCUUAUAUGUACAUAUUUGGAAUUUUCAUUAUGAUGAUAUAUUUUUUCGACGAAACCCCAACAAAUAUUGCAAAACUCUAUUUUCUCCAAGUUUAUCCAUGUCCACCCCAAGAAUACUUCGACGAUAGAACUUUGAUUCUAACAACUGAUAUAUCCUUGGCAAUUUUCUGUAUGACACUUGCGGUUUUUAAUACAGUUCCUCAAGGUUUAUAUUUUGCAUUUGUUGGGGCUUAUCAUCUUUUGAAAGUUAAAUCAAUUUCAUUGUCUGCAACUACUAAAAAGAUGCAAUUAACAUUUCUGUAUAAUGCAUCAAUCCAAAUGGCGAUUCCAUUUGUCGCAAUUUUAAUUCCAGUUUCAAUUUUUGGAUUAAUGUUGUUAUUAUCAACUUAUAGUCAACUUAUCAAUAACAUAAUAAUUUUAACAUUAUCAAUUCAUGGUUUGUUAUCCAAUAUUUCACUUAUUUGCCUACACAAACCCUAUCGUGAUCAUACAAUUGAUUUAGUCUUUGGAGAGAAUUCAAGAAUUAAAAGUAUCUCAUCUGUCAGAACUAUUGUUAUUAGUGAUAAUCAGUCGCCUAGAAAUUGA